AAGCUGUCAAGGUGAAGGUGAACGUCCGACGAGUGACGACUGACCGCGCCACCCGCGCCACGGUUUUGCGGUGUAUGAAAUUUCUUCUACUCAUUUCACCGGAUCAGAGGUGAACACGGACAAAAAUGGGCUUCAUAAUCAGUUUUAUUAAAAAAAUUAUAAAACUUGUUUUGUUUUUGGCUAUAUUUGUUGGUAUCAUUGUUUUGAUACCCAAUUUACCACCAUACACCAAGUUUACAAGUAUUGAGCUUGCACCCACUCAGCCCAGAACUGGUCCUUUAGCACCCAAUGGGGCUUUAAAUAAUGCUCAAAGAAUACAUGUGGGCAAAGUUCUAGGGCCAGAGGCCUUUCAAGUAGCAAAUGGCGAAUUAUUCACUAGUCUGGCAAGUGGAGAGAUUGUCAAGUUGUCUCCUGGUGGUCAUGUCACUUUUGUGACCAAAGUUGGACAACCAUGCACUGGAUUGUCACAAGAACACAUAUGCGGAAGACCACUUGGAUUUCAAAUUGAUGCUAACAAAAAUGUGCUAUAUCUUGUUGAUGCAUACCAUGGUAUUUGGAAGACCAAUCUUAAGACUGACAAGAAGCAACUUUUGGUGUCCCCUCGAGUUGCAAUAAAUGGCCGGGUACCCAGAUUCUUCAACCACAUUGCAUUGGCCAAGAAUGGAGACUUCUACUGGACUGACUCUAGCAGUGACUUCAGCAUAAAAGAUGGUGCCAUAUCUUUACUUUCUGAUCCAUCUGGGAGACUUUUCUACUACAACGCGGCCAAGAAUGAAAGUAAAGUACUCCUCGACGACCUUUGGUUCGCCAAUGGCGUGGCCAUAUCCCCCGACAACCAGUUCGUGGUCGUAGCGGAGACCAACAGAUACAGGCUUAUGAAGUACUACAUUGACGGCCCCAAGAAAGGAAAGAGUGAGGUGUUUGUUGACGGCUUGCCAGGUGUUCCGGACAACGUGCGCGCACUCCCCGACGGGUCCGGAGUCCUCGUGGGCCUGUACACGGUCUUCGACGACGAGCACCCCCUACUAACGCGGUCCAUGUCGGAGGCCCCCGUCGCUAGGAAGUUCCUGGCGCGCCUGCAGACCCUGAUCGAGCUGCCGUUCGCUUAUCUCAACACUGUGUAUCCGCACUUUUUGUUCGAGGAUGUCGAGUAUUUCAUCGGGCACUUCAAGAGCGUGUCCGGCAUUGUGCCUCCAAUGGCCGGUUUAGUACAAAUAGACUGGAACGGAAAAAUCGUCGCAUCCUACUUCAACACCGACAAGAGCUUGAGCCAAAUCAGCGACGCGAUUGUCUACAACAACAAACUGUAUAUAGGCAGUCCUCAUGCGAAUUACAUUGGUGUCGUACCCACCCCGCCGCUGCUGCAGAAAGCCUUCGCUUCCACUGCUAAACCCAAAGUAGAAGAGAAGAAACAGGCUGCGAAAGUGGCUAAACCAGUAGAUGCUCCCAAACCGACUACCACUACGACACCUAAACCUACAACGACUACACCAAAACCUACUACCACUACUACGCCUAAACCUACUACCACUACUACGCCUAAACCUACUACAACUACUCCUAAACCGACGCCCGCACCAGUCAAGCCCGCGCCGGCGAAACAAGAAGCUAAACCCAAGCCACCUGAACCUACUAAACCUGAAGUAAAAACAACUACAUCCAAACCAGCAACUCAGAAGCCCGUUGAAACGAAACCUACUCCGAAACCAGCUGAGAACAAAGCUAAAAAGGAAAUGAGUGGAUCUCCUAAAGUUCCUCAUGACAAAUCCGCACCCGAACAGAUCCCCAUCCAAGAGGAGAUUCCUUCGGACACGGCCAAGCCCAAUAAGGAAACAUUAAAGGUGAUAAAAAAGGGCGGUCCGACAGAGAUUCCUAACCCACAUUUGUAAGUAGUAUUAAAAAGGAGGUUAGUAA